UAUUUUCAUCUGCAUAAGAUUUAAUAUCAAGAAGUCGUAAAACGGUAAAUCUCAAUUCCUAGGUACUAAUGAAAAGACCUAAGUGUCCCCAUCCACCUUGGUUGAACUCGGAAAAAGGAUUAGACUAGAGUGGGUGCCAAAAUUUUCUCCGCAGUAGUUUAUUCCAACGGAAGAGUGGAAAGGAGCAGUGAUCGACUUUCUGCAAUUGAAGAUAGCAGUUUCGGAAUUCAUGGACGUGGAACUAAAUGAUCAGAUAGAGGAGGAUGGAAAUGAGAAUGAUUCUCUCUUCGAAGGAAUGGUACUCUUCGACCCUUCCGAGUACCGAAUCCAAAUCCAUCCGACUCGCGAAGAUAGUGAUGAUCCCGGUCCAAUUGUUUCUGAUCAGCCUGACCUUCCGAAUUCUGCUGCAGAUGAGGUUACCACUACGGUCAGUGCUUCAGCUUCCACUUCGGCAACAACGACUGCUUCAUCUUCACAUCUUUCUGAACCCCUUGACGAGAACCUCUUUUCGGACCUCACGCUGGUCACUUCCAUGCAUAAGGACCAAACUCAAAUCCAGCUAGACCAAAAUUCGCUACCAAUCACCGAUCCUCUCCAAGCUGCCACAAUUAUGAAAAUCCCUGGUUCGGUAGUAGGAGAAGCAGCAGAUAGAGACCCAGGAUUGAUCGUCUCAGUCUCUCGACAGAUGUCGAGAAGGAAAAGGAGAGCUGGGUUGCGAAUUGGCUACGGCAGAGAUGCCCAUACCCCAAACCCCACUCCCGAUCUUCACUCUACGCAUUUCAGUAAUCACAUUCGUGGCGAUGACGACGACCAGCAUCCUGAUGCUUUACCUCAGAUUCAACCAUCUGCUUCUCCACCACAGACUUUAGCUCCUCAUGGUCCUUCAGUAGACAACAACAACAUCGAAUCCACUAGUUUUGUAUCUCAAGAAGAUCACAUAACGGAACGUCAAAACCAACAAGAUGCUGAUCGACAUAAAAAAAAUAGCGUUGAGGCUGAAGUACGCGAUUCACCCGAGUUCAAAUUGGAGCAAGUCAGGAUUCAGAUCUCCGAGAAGCUGGGUCAUGCUCGUAACUCGGUUGCCUCUGUGUCUACCUCCAGGAAGGAAGUUAUUCAACGGAAACGCAAAAUUAUGGAUAAUCUAAAAAUUUCAUUAGACAGGUACUCACAUCUUGAAAAGCAGUUGGAGGAAGCCUGCGAAGCCGAAGAUUUUGAAACCGCAGAAAGGCUUAGCGAGAGCCUAGCUUCUGCUGAGCGAGAAAAGCAAGCCUUCCUCAUGGAACUAAAAGAUGCUGAAGCCUUAUGUGAUGCAAUGGAUUCCAGAAUGCACGAGGUUUUGGACUUCUUGAUUGCCACCGAGGAAAAUUGUGAUUCUCUGCUCCAAACUUUUGCUAUGGAUGCUGCAAAUAGUGUUGUUUUAGCCUUAAAUAUGGCAGAUUCAGAAUCUGCAGAAGAAUUGGAAAAGUGGCAUUUGUCAAAUGAAGUCUUGGAGGCCAAGAAGAUGGGAAUUGAAAUUGAGUCACUAAUUAUACGUGAGUCUUGCAUGGUUUUGAAUGAUUCCAUUGAACUUUUGGUUGAGGGUGACAGAAGAGAGAAAGAAGUUCUUUGUCAAAAAAAGGCCGCGUUGACAGAUGAACUGGAGAAAUUACUAGCUAUGGUGGAAGAGAAGAAAAGGGAGAUAGAAGAAAAUGACUCUGUGAUUGAUGCUGUUGAGAAAAGAAUUUCUGAUGCGAUUUCUGGUUUUCAGCAUGUGCAAUCAAACAUGGAUGCAAAAUAUGCUGCCUUACAAUCAACCCUCUCUCAGAUGCAGUUAGAAAGUCAAACUCUUUCAAAUAGAAGAAGGGAAAUCGAGGAGUUCCUCACUCUGGAGAAAGAAAAAGGAGCGAACUUGAAGAAAAUUGCUCACCUUUCCGUAGAAGAUGCAGAAGCGUACAGGGAAGUUGCCAGGCUGAGAAAAUUUCUGAUGUCUACCAUCUUGAAAACAAGGGAAGAUAAAGCUACUCUGACACAAACGGAGGAUGAUCUUUCCAAGGAUGUUCAAAUGCUUCAACAAGAGUUUCAUUCUGCUAGGUCUUCUCUCCAGGAAUUGUCUUCAAGAAAAUCAAACAUCCAGCAAGAUAUAGUUUCCUCAAAGCAAAGAAUUUCUUUCAUUGACAAGAGAGUUCCUGAGCUGGAAGCGGAAAAGAAAGUUGUUGCUGCUGGUAGAAAUUUUAAAGAAGCUGCACGAGUUGCUGCUGAGGCAAAGUCUCUGAGCAAUGAGAAAGAUAGCAUCUGUAUUGACAUUGACAGAGCUUUAUUAGAGCUGGAGAAGCUCGAGGAAGAGACUAGAGGCACCAUGAAAUGGUUGCAGAAGACUGAGGAGUUGAUUCAAUUGAAGGAAAAAGAAGUAGCGAAAGCUAGAUUCCAGAGGUUGCUUAUAAUAGCUGGUGCUGCAGCAGCAGAUGGAGCUGCUGCUCUAGAGUUGGGCGACACAGGAGAAGCUAACCUUCUAUUUGUAGAGAGUGAAUCAGCACGUUGUGAAGCCAGAAAACUUCAGCCAGUCUAUGAUUUCCAUGAGGACGAGUUUUCAAAUAUCCCCAAACACUUCAUCUCAUUGGAACUUGUUUUUAAUCUAGGGCGUGAGAAAUUAGCAGACCUGGUAGCAUCUAUUCAUGAUCCUACAUUGGACGAUUAAAAGGAAAUUUUGCUUUCGAUAAUGUGUAAUUUUAGUGUUUGUCAUUCAAUGAAGGAAGAGUAUCUGAUCAAUGCUGCAGAUAGGAGUUUGAGGUACUUAAACGAGCUGACUCUCAGAUCACUUAUCUACUCUCUUCAGCGUCAAGAUUUGCUCAAACUCUUGUAUCAAGACAAUAUGCUGUCGUCUUGCUGUUAUAAUGCAGACGUCUGUCGCUUUGGAUUGCCAUCUUUCCUUGUUGGUUCCUUUUGAAUUUUGACAGACAAAUGAGCCUCAUCAGCAAGGAAGAAUUUGGUGGUGGCAUUCCUGAUCAUUUCCGCUCAAAGAUGAGAUUUCAUAAUGCGUCAGAAAAAGGUAGCUGGCAUAACCCGUCGCAGUAAUUAUGUUCUUUGCCUAGAGAAAGCUCUCUGUGCCCUACGAAGGACGACGAAAGUGAUCUGAAUUCUGCUGGCCUUUUCUCUUUCGAGGUAUUGCAUGACAUACAUGUGUUGAAUGUAUUUCUUUUUGGUCUUUUUCAUCUUUUUGCCUUUUUGCGCUGAAUAUUCAUAUAAAGUCAUGGCAGGUUCUCGGUCUUUGAUAAAAAGGGACCAUUUCGACCGUACUUGACAUGAAUUUUACCAAGUCUUAGGAUCCUGAAAAUCUUGUUGAUAGGUAUGGAUUGCGCUUGGCCAUUGAGUUAGAUUGACAGAACCAAAAAUAAACUAUUGAAAAUUUGAAACCUUGUUCCAUUAAA